AUGAACCGUGCUUUUAACAGGAAGAAAGACAAAACAUGGAUGCAUACACCUGAAGCAUUAUCAAAACAUUACAUUCCCUAUAAUGCAAAGUUUCUUGGCAGCACAGAAGUGGAGCAGCCGAAAGGAACAGAAGUUGUGAGAGAUGCUGUAAGGAAACUAAAGUUUGCAAGACACAUCAAGAAAUCUGAAGGCCAGAAAAUCCCUAAAGUUGAGUUGCAAAUAUCAAUUUAUGGAGUAAAAAUUCUAGAACCCAAAACAAAGGAAGUCCAACACAAUUGCCAGCUUCAUAGAAUAUCAUUUUGUGCAGAUGAUAAAACUGACAAGAGGAUAUUCACUUUCAUAUGCAAAGAUUCUGAGUCAAAUAAACAUUUGUGCUAUGUGUUUGACAGCGAAAAGUGUGCUGAAGAGAUAACUUUAACAAUUGGCCAAGCAUUUGACCUGGCAUACAGGAAAUUUCUAGAAUCUGGAGGAAAAGAUGUUGAAACAAGAAAACAGAUUGCAGGGUUACAGAAAAGAAUCCAAGACUUAGAAACAGAAAAUAUGGAACUUAAAAAUAAAGUACAAGAUUUGGAAAAUCAGUUGAGAAUAACUCAAGUAUCAACAUCUCCACUGCUGCACAGAACGUCUGGUCAUGAGCCACACAGGUUUCAGAGAUGCUCAUCCACUUUCUGGCGUAGUGGUGACGCUUCAUCUCCCUGUCUAAACAUGUCUUCCACUUCUGUCCCUCCUGUCAACUCGCCUGAUUCCAGACUAUCACUGGGACUGUUAAUACCACCGCCUUCUAAAAGUGGCCUUCCCAGGCCAGUCAGUCAGCGCAGCAUUUCAAGACCACAUGCUGGCAGUGUAACACCGAAGUCACCCUCCACUGACAUCUUUGAUAUGAUUCCAUUUUCUCCAGUAUCACACCAGUCCUCCAUACCUACUCACAAUGGCACACAGCCACCCCCAGUACCUUCAAGAUCUGCUGAGAUUAAACGGGAUCUGUUCGGAGCUGAACCUUUUGACCCAUUUAACUGUGGAGCAGGGGAUUUCCCUCCAGAUAUUCAAUCAAAAUUAGAUGAGAUGCAGGAGGGGUUCAAAAUGGGACUAACUCUUGAAGGCACUGUAUUUUGUCUCGACCCAGUAGACAGUAGGUGCUGA